AUGGGUUUGCGCUGGCUGGUUGACCCGGUCGGUAUUGCGCCGGAGUUCGGCUUUGUUCUAGGUGAUGGUUUAGGGCGCAGCUCCCAGGUUGGUGACUUUGCAGCGUUCUUCCUGACCCUCGGAUUAUGCAUUCUAAUGGCGCUCGUCAGUGGUCGGCGACUCUGGUACUACCCGCCGGCUAUGCUGCUGUUGCUCGCCGCAAUUGGUAGAGUCCUUGCCUGGGCGUUGCACGAUGCUUCUUUCGCCGGCGGCAUGAUCGCGUUUGAAAUUGUGGUGGCCGCGUUGCUGUUGGCGGCGUCACGCUGGCUGCCGGAGCGGGAGUGUGCGCAGGCACUGUUCGUAGCCAUUCUGGCAGGUAACAGUGCAUUGGCAUUUGCGGCGAGUGCGUCCGGCCCGGAUGGCGUGCGUCCCAAUAUCGUUUUCAUUCUUGCGGACGACCUGGGGUACACGGAUAUUGCACCUUACGGUGGGGAGGUGAAUACGCCGACACUGUCAGCUCUGGCGCAUCAAGGCAUCAGGUUUGCGAAUUAUCACACCGCAGCGAACUGUGCGCCUGCUCGUGCGAUGUUACUGACCGGGGUUAACAAUCAUCUUGCUGGCGUACCCAACAUCCCUGAGAUGCUUGCGCCGGAGCAGCGUGUCCACGAAAACUAUCAGGGUGUGCUCGGCAGCAAUGUGGUGACCGUCGCGACGUUGCUGGAAGACGCCGGCUACCAUACGUACCUGGCUGGCAAAUGGCAUCUGGGUGCUACCCCUGACAAACGGCCAAGCCGUCGAGGCUUCCAGCGAACGGUGGCAUUGAUGGACUCCGGUGCGGACAACUGGGAGCAGAAACCCUAUCUGCCGAUCUAUGAGCAGGCGAACUGGUUUGCAGACGGUGAACGUUUCGAUUUGCCGGAGGAUUUCUAUUCCUCCCGUUUUCUGAUCGACAAAACCAUUGAGUUUAUCGACGGUAAUCUGCAGGACGGUAAACCAUUCUUUGCCUACGUGCCGUUCCAGGCGGUGCACAUUCCCGUGCAGGCACCCCAGGAAUUCAUUGACCGCUACAUGGGCGUUUAUGAUCAGGGGUGGGAUGCUUUGCGAGCGCAGCGGCGCCAGAAGGCGAUAGAGUUGGGCCUUGUUCCUGCCGAUACAGGUAUGGUGCGCAUGGCCAGUACCGGGGAGUGGGAUUUGCUCAGUGCGGAGCGCAGACGUUACGAGGCCAAGCGUAUGGCUGUUUACGCGGGCAUGAUUGAAGCGAUGGAUUUCCACAUCGGCCGAUUGAUCGAGUAUUUAAAGGCGCAGGGCGUCUAUGAAAACACUGUUUUUGUAUUUACCUCGGACAAUGGUGCAGAGGCCAGCGGGUCGGAUGAUCCUGAAGGCUUUGCGAGCAGCAGAGUAUCCAGGAGCCUGGGCUAUCAUAACGAUUAUGAGCGACUUGGCCUGAAGGGUAGUUACAACAGUAUCAGCCCCAGUUUUGCCAGUGCGGCAGCCAGUCCGCUUGCUUAUUACAAGUUUUAUACGGGUGAAGGGGGAUUGCGGGUACCGUUGAUCUUUGCGGGUGAUCCGCUGAGCGCUUCGGCAAAGCUCACCCAUGCCUUUGCCUGGGCUACCGAUAUCACACCCACUCUUUUGUCGAUAGCCGGGGUCGACAGGCCAGGUCCCAGAUAUGGUGGCAGACCGAUUCUGCCUAUGAGUGGCCGCGAUCUGUUACCGAUACUCAGCGGCGAAGCCGAGCGCGUAUACGGUGAAGACGAUUCGGUGGGAUACGAACUGACCGGCCACGCCGCGUUUUUUCAAGGCGACUAUAAACUUGUGCGCAACGGUCCACCGCUGGGGAGCGGAGAAUGGCGUCUGUACAACAUCAUGGUGGAUCCUGGCGAAGUAAACGACCUAAAGGCGGCGGAACCCGAUCGGCCAGGCGUUGUCUAA